AUGGCUUCCUCACAGCCCUCACACUAUCUCUAUACCCCUUCGGUGGUACUUGCUGGCGUUGUUGCCGGCUUGUAUGGGGUCAGCUUCCUCGUCACCCUGGUCCAGAUUAUUCGCAAGAGGUCAUGGGUAUGGCUCAUUAUGCUUCUAGCUAUCGCAAUGGAGGUGAUUGGGUUUGCGACCCGCGCGGUCUCAGCAAACAAUGUUCAGGAGAAGACUCCCUACGUUGUUCAGUUCGCGCUAGUAAUUCUCGCUCCGGUACUUAUGGCCGGCGUCAUCUAUGUGGUGUUUUCCCGGAUUGUAUUCUGGGCUGUGCCGCCGGAGCAUCGGACGAUGCGCAUGAUUUGGGUUCCUCCUAGAUUCAUCACUCUAAUCUUCGUCGGAUUCGAUAUUAUCUCGCUCCUCCUGCAGCUGUGUGCUGCUGUCCUCAUCGCCGGCACCGACCCGACUGACUCGAAUGCGAAGGAUAAAGUCAAUCUGGGCAAGAACCUUGGCCUCGCUGGUGUUUCGGUACAGCUCUUUGGCUUUGGUCUGUUCUCCGUGGCUGCGGUACGCUUCCAUUUCACCUCGAGGCAGUUGAGCAACGACUACGCCAGCAAGAACGAGACGAGGUGGAAUAUGACCAAACACUACUCAACAUUGCUUUAUGUCGUCAAUGCCUCCUGUCUUCUGAUUCUGAUUCGGUCCAUUUUUCGCAUGAUUGAAUUCGCCCAAGGGAAAUCAGGGACAACACAACAGGCAGAGUGGUACCAAUAUGUCUUCGACACACUUCCUAUCUUCAUCGUGUGUGUCAUAUACAACAUAUGGUUCCCAGGCAGCUACUUGAAGCACUUGGGAUUCCGUCUUCCCAAAGAAGAACGACAGCUUCCAUUAGACAAUGAAUCACUUGGGUCCGGAGAUGUGGGCACAGAACUACAACAGCAGGAACAGAAGUAA